AUGUCUAAAGUCGCUAUCAUCAUUUACACCCUAUACGGCCACACGGCCGGUUUGGCCGAAGCCCAAAAGAAAGGUGUCGAGGCUGCUGGGGGUGAAGCUGACAUCUACCAGGUACCUGAAACGCUCAGCGACGAUGUUGUCAAGGCUUUAGGUGGCCAGCCCAAGCCCGCAUACCCCAUCGCUACCAGAGAGACGCUCACUUCAUAUAACUGCUUUUUGUUUGGGAUUCCUACCAGGUUCGGUAACUUUCCGGCACAAUGGAAGGCAUUCUGGGAUGCCACGGGUGGGUUGUGGGCGCAAGGUGCUCUUCACGGAAAAAUUGCGGGUGUUUUCGUCUCCACAGGUACCGGUGGUGGCAAUGAGUCCACCAUUGUAAAUUCUUUAUCAGUGUUGGCACACCAUGGGAUUAUAUUCGUGCCUCUUGGCUACAAAAAUGUUGGCGCUGAUCUCGGAAACCUCACUGAGGUUCACGGCGGUUCUCCAUGGGGUGCAGGCACCAUCGCGGGCGCCGACGGUUCGCGUAUGCCAUCGGAACUCGAAUUGAGAGUCAACCAAAUUCAAGGCCAGACCUUUUACGAGACUGUGGAGAAGUUCUCUGCUUAG